CUUGGAUAUACCACAGCGAGCGUCGAUCGAGUAGCAGGCCUGACGGGUACAGCGAGAUACAGCGAAAGACAACGAAGAUGACAUCCAAUCCGGCACAUUGUGCCGAAUGUAAAGUUGGCCAUGACGGCUCACCAGAAGGAGUCGAUCUCAUCACGCAUCCUACUGCUCAGAAACUUGCAGCUCGAUCUCUGGAGUUCAUGAAAGAGAUUCAGAACCUCACCCCCGGCAAAAUCCUCGAAACCCACCUCAACGAAAACUACGGCCCCGGCAACCCCUACUACGAAGACUUCUGCACCCUCAUCAAACAAGGCCUCAGCGAAGGCUGGAUCGCCACCCACGAAAUCGACGGAGCCAAAUACCGUCGCGGCAAAAUCAUGCUCCCAUCAGCCGAAAAUCUCUGGAUGAGUUUGACAGCUGUGUACUUCGAUUCUGAGAAAGAGUACUCGGGACAAUAUCAUAAACAUCCUUAUGGGGAGAUCAAUUGCGUGGUACCGAUUGAUGAGACAUUUGAGUUGGAGGGUUUGCCAGAGGGGUUUUGGAUGGGGAAGGGGUGGACGAGUCCGGGGCCUGGAACGCAUCAUUAUCCUAGGGCGAGAGGAGGGAAAGGUGUGGCGUUUUUCUUUUUGCCUAGUGGGAGGAUUUCUUAUGAGGCGAAGCCUGGGGAGCCGCAGCCGGCGAUUAUGUGAUUGUUGGCAGGAG